AUAAUGUAGUAAGUGGUAAGUGAAUUUUUCAUGUGUUUUACGCUUUGUUUUGAUUUAUAUCUGGUGAUAAUUAUUCUAUCUGUCUGGAUAAUUAUUCAUAUCAUUGUAGCUUUUUAUUUAUUUGAAUAAUUGCUAAGGAAAGUACUUUUGUUACAGAUUGGCCUGCUGAAAAAUUUCCUCCAAGCACCACCAUGGUCACCAUCCCACCGGUUGACUAUUUACGUUUCAAAGUCAUGUGUAUCCUCGAAGGCCCAGGAGAAGCUACACUCAAAUUCAUUUUAAAAUGUGCCACUAACUCCACUUUUCCGAUCUCUCUUCAUGACUAUCUUAACAACCUCCCUCAAACAUCUAGAGCAAAUUUCUGUAAACUAAAUAAUCAACAGAAAAAGAAAGCAUUUAAUAAGGAUGAAAUAGACAAAAUUAGGAAUGAAUCUUCAUGGGAUACGUUCGACAUCACUUUGUUAUAUAAAGCUAUUCAGUAUGCUUGCGAAAACGUUGCGGAGCUUCAUGAUAUUAUAGCUUGGAAGGAUCCUAGUAGAUUAGAAGGCAUGAUAACAGAGAUAAAACAUAAGAGAAAUAUAAUUGUACAUGAGAGGCGACCGCUGACGAAGAAUGAGUUUCAGAAAAAAGUCAGCGAACUAAAGGACCUCUUCAUGAAGACCUUGGAGUCAGCCCAGGCGCGAUACAAUAUUCCGGAUCAUAGCAUAAGGACAGAAAAAGACGCCUUAGAUAAAAUGAUCCAGAACAUCUUGAAAUGCUUGACUAUAGAAGAUGUUUUGCGUUUAGACACUAUUAGGCAGUUACCAGUUUUCAAAAAGAUGUUUGUUACUCGUCUAUGUGAUAUUUAUGAAAGAACGCAGAUCUUUGACCCACUCAGUUUUCUCAGCGGCUCCCCUGAGACACGCUUGAAAGUUCAGGAUGUAUUUACGAAUAUCUUAAUAAAAAAAUACCCUGAUGAUCUUGAACUUGAUUACUUAGAUAUUAUAAAGUUCACACAAUCAUUGGGACAACCAGCAUCAUUAACUUUCCAGAAUACGCAGCCACCACCUUCACAGACCACACAAUCAUCACCUCUUUCCAAAACCACACAGGUUCAGCAAUCAUUUCAGGCCACACAGUCUCCAUCACCUUCUCAGUCCGCACAGUCUCCACCACCUUCACAGUCCACACAAUCUCCACCACCUUCUCAGUCCACACAGUCAUCACUACUUUACCAGUCCGCAGAGUCAUCAUUACCUUCCCAGAGAACACAGUCUCCACCACUACCUUUCCAGAUCACACAAUCUCCACCACCUCCCCAGGCCACACAGUCAUCCUCCCAGACCACACGGUCUUCACCAAAACAUUUCCAGACUACACAUUUUCUACCACCACCUUCCCAGACCACAAUGUCUCCACUACCUUGCCAAAUCACACAGUCUUUUCAAACACCUCCCCAGACCACACAAUCACCACCAUUGUCCCAGAUCACACAGUCACCACCAUCACUUUCCCAGGCCACACAAUCACCACCAUUGUCCCAGACCACACAGUCACCACCAUCACCUUCCCAGGCCACACAAUCACCACCAUUGUCCCAGACCACACAGUCACCACCAUCACCUUCCCAGACCACACAGUCACCACCAUCACCUUCCCAGACCACACAAUCAACAACACCUUCCCAGACUGCACAUUCACCACUAUUAUCUACACAGCCACGACAACUCACUCAGUCAGCUGAUCCACAACUUCUAAUGAUUAAAGGUAUGGCAGGCUGUGGCAAGACAACGCUGCUCACUUUCAUCUUAUCUGAGUGGCUUAAAGAUGAAUGUGACCGCCGUAUCAAACACCUACAUGAAUAUGAUUUUGUCUUACAUAUUCUGUGCCGCGAGAGCAACUGUGUCUCACUUGAGGAAUUCCUCGAACAGGUCCUACCGCAAGUUGUUGCGUUCAGGCCGAACACGCAGACUUUGCUUAACAAGUGUAAGGUCCUAUUUCUAAUAGAUGGUAUUGAUGAACGUAACAAUUCUUCAGACCAGCUUGUUAAAGAUAUCCUGUAUCGGCGUAAACUGGUGCCAGAGUCUACAAUAGUUUGCACCUCUCGCCCAGAGGCAGCUCUAGAUUUUCUUCAUUCAGUUCCUCAAGAAUAUAGAAAAGGGGAGGGAUUGAUGGAAGGCAUUGCUCUUAAUGAUAGAACAAAUUUUGUUUUGAAAUACUAUGACUGCUUCGGUGGUAAGGGAUCAGCGAAUCGUAACAUGAUUGGGCAGGUUAUGAAAAACGUGGGAUGGCGUGAUCACUUUAGACUGCCUCUUAACCUUCUCUUUUUGGCUACACUUUUUCAUGAAAAUUCAGAUUGUGUUAGGGUGAAUAUAACUCAGACCAGUUUGUACGUAAAGAUUCAUAAUUGGAGUGUGGAAAAGUUGCACUACCGAUUUGCACAUCGCUCAUAUAUCGGAAGUACAAGUCGAUUAUCUCGAGAGGAAAGCCUCAAAAAGGUGUUGGACGUAUUGUAUGGGGUAGCUCUGUUGGGUUUGUUGGAAAACAGGUUGUUUCUGUCAUAUCAGGACUUCCGACAAUUGCAAGAGUCUUGUAAUUUUGAAAAUCUGCCAUGGGAGGAGGUGAUGGGGGCUUUCUUUUCCUUGAGACAAACGAUAUCAGUUAACAAAGUAGUCAACCAAACGUAUCAUGUACCCCAUAAGGGUCUUCAAGAAUUUUUUGGGGCAAAAUACAUAACAAAUCAUUUUGAUAAAUGUCCUGAUUCAAAAGUAAAAACCAUCAAGUACAGGUACCAACAAAUUGUUGGGUGUCUUCAGGGACAUACAUCAAAAGACAUCCGAUCGCUGCUUAAGAACCCGUCCCGGACAGAACUCAAAAAGUUCAGAAAUCUUCUUCUACAUGUGGCGGGUCUUCUAAGCCAGCCAGAUGUGAUAUCUCGCCCUCGACACUUCAAGGAGGUAGUGGACCUGCUGGCUGAGUCUGGAUUGAACAGUUGCAAUGAAUGGCUAAAACUGCUGGAGGAUACAGAGAUCAAUUAUAUCACUCUUGAACGUGUUGUGAAACACGUUAGAAAGUGCAAAAAUGAAGUUAUAUCUGUGGAUGACAGCACCAUCUCCAGCGCCAAGAACCUUUUACCUCUUAUCCCUCCGAAAGAAGUAAAUAUACAACUACAUAGAAAGGAAUCAAACGUGCAAGACCUCUUCUUUGCACAUCAUACCUACAGCAGGCUAUACUUGUGGCACUCCUUCAAGCAACCGCACCAACACACAGUCUCUCAAUUCCUGCUGCCUGCCUUCCUUAGCUCACAUGUGGGGUUCCUCAGGGGAGCAGGAUGGGUCCUCUGUGCUUCCUCAUCCUUAUCAACGACGCUCUCGUCCACACCCCCCACCGCUGGAAGUGUGUGGACGACUGCACCGUGGGCUUACCCGUCAACAACACCAACCCAGACUUCUCAGCACAAUGGUCUUCAGACAUUGGUUGGUCACUUAAGUGUUGAAGCAAUCGAGAUGCUGAACGAGUUCCAGCACCUUAAGUGUCUACAGCUGGCUAUAUCGGACGACCACGAUGCCAAAACGAUUCUUUCUGCAAUAAACGUCGCCUGCUCAUCACUUCGUAAUCUUCAGACUCUCUAUGAAGCUCAGAUUUUAGUGGCAUGUAAACAUCAAUAUCGGUCACAUUCUCGGAAAGAGCAAGCCACUGGUGAAUACCGUCUCCAAAACUACAACCAAAAAUCUGUUUUUGGAUAUCUUGAGUGUAACACAGAUAUUUUUGAGUUUGGAGCCGAGCGUGUCAUCAAUCAUAAUGAUAGCUUACGGAAAGUGGCUGAUGAUUACAAGCUUUGGAAGCAUAAGUGUACGGUGCAGAAGCAGCAGAGUGUGCCUGUCCGCACCCCAAGAGGAAUCGUGCCGAUCUCUUUUGACAGGUACCAGGAGGCAUGUAUGAAACUCCCGCGCCCAUUUUUGUAG